AUGAGAUAUUUCUCGAAUCAUGACUCGUACGAUUUCAAGUGGGACCAAGUCACCGCCGCAUUUUGGAAGAAGUAUCCCAACCCGCAAUCUGGGCAUGUGCUCAGCGAGGAUGUCAUCUUCAGACAGAUAAAUAAUGGAUCUCUCGUGACGAAACGUCUGCUGACGAAAACAAACGGCAUGCCUCCUCUGGCUGAACGGCUGGUCGGGAAGGUGGGGAACUCAGUCAAGAUUGUCGAAGAGAGCGUUGUCGACCUGAAGAAAAAGACUUUCACCACGUAUACCAGGAACAUCGGCCUGACACAUGUCAUGCAAGUCGAAGAGAAAUGCGUAUACACUCCCGACCCAACCGAUUCCAGCAAAACCAUGUGCGUUCGCCAGGCAUGGGUGACUUCAAACCUCAUGGGCGUUUCCCGAGCAGUAACGCAAAUAGGGAUAGCUCGCUUGAAGAAGAACGUUCACAAAGCAUCGCAAGGCUUCAAAUACGUGCUCGAGGAUCUUUUCGGUCAUGCGGCAAAGUUUCGGGAACGAGCCAAAUUUGCGACAGAGAUAGCGAAGUAUCGGAUUCCCGUCGUGAGAGCUGCUGAAUCCGAGUGA